UGCGACAGGCCGCGGCGCGAGCGGGGCCUCACACAAGUAGAAAACGGUCUGGCACGAGAUAGCGGGUGGGGAAAGAUAAGGAACAACGGGCCAACAAAGUACCGGUUCCCACGUCAAAAGCUGCAUUGACGAGGACAGACCGGCCGGUUAAAAGGGCGCAAAAGAAACUAUUUCCACACCUUUAUGUGUGGAUAGCGGUCUGUCGGCAGUCAACGAGCCAAGCUAUCUAUCGUUAGCCGAAGUGGGUUAGCCAGCUUUUGUAAUCCGCCGGCCAGACACACAUUUACCAACUCCGACCAGGUCGAAACCGGAUUUCAAGUGAAGCCACACAACACUGCAAAGGACAAGGGAGGCACCGGCGGUGGCAGGAGGCUGGUUCUGGGGGCGAGGCCAAAGGACCAGACUCAAUGAGUUUCCAGCGAAAUGUCAGAGAAGUCAGGGCAGAGCACCAAGGCAAAGGAUGGCAAAACAAAGUAUGCAACCCUUAGCCUCUUCAAUACCUACAAAGGAAAAUCUCUGGAAACCCAGAAAACUGCUGUGGCUGCCAGACAUGGGCUCCAGAGUUUGGGUAAAGUUGCUGCCAGUCGGCGUAUGCCCCCUCCGGCCAACCUGCCCAGCCUGAAGGCGGAGAACAAGGGAAACGACCCCAACGUCAACAUCGUCCCCAAAGACGGUAGUGGCUGGGCUUCCCGGGCAGACGCAGGGGACGAGAGGCAACAGGAGACACCCCCGCCCCAAAACAAACCAGCAGUGCUCCACACACAGGAGCUCUCUGUGGGGGGAAGUCGAUCUUGGGCGAACAGCAAGCAGACACAGCUAGACGGAUCUCCUCGAGUGAGCAGCCAUUUUCAUCAGGAGUUUCCAAGUUUGCAAGCUGCUGGUGAGCCAGAGAAGGGAGAUGGUCCUGAAGAAGAGCCUUACGGACCAGGCCCAAGCCUCAGACCUCAAAAUGUUGGCAGUUGGCGUGAGGGUGGAGGUAGGAAUUUGAACACUGCAUCCAGCCCUUCUGAGAUGGACAACAGGGUUCAGGAGGAGGGCACUGCGGCCCCUGAUGCAUCCACUCCACCUGGGGAAGCUGAUGAACUCAGCCGAAGUGUAGCCCCCGAGGGUCAAAGGGAGAAGCGGCAGGGAGACGGCAGGGAGAAGUUGCCCCCCUCUGGCCCGACUCAGCCCAAACUUAACGGGGGACAACAGCCUCCUGCAGGCGUCCCAUCUCACUUUGACCCUGCUUUCCGGAGCAUGAUGCCACCUUAUAUGUUCCAUGCCUAUCCUCAAGGGUCAUUUGGUCCAGGGCAAGCGAAUUUCAGAUACCCGGUACCACAAGAAGGGGCAAAGGGUCCUCGUCCGCCACGACCCCAGCCUACACCCCCUCAGGCUUGGCUCCAAGAUCCCGACAGACCACCUAUUGUCAGCGCAACGGAGCUAAAGGAACUGGAUAACUUGGACACUGAUGCUGAUGAGGGCUGGGCGGGAGCUCAGAUGGAGGUGGAUUACACAGAGAAACUCAAUUUUAGUGACGAUGAGGAAAACCAAGCUGCUAAAGACAAAGGAGAAAACUGGGAGUGGAUGGGCAAAGUUGAGCGCAUGAGAUCUCGGACAACGGAUAAUCAGGAAGGCUGGAAGGAGGGGUCCGAGGAGCGGGGAGUCGGUAAAACCUCGUGGGCCGAUACUGUGGACCCCAGAACGCCGUCACCUGGCGGUGUGGGGCAGUACAAUAAAUCGGCUGCACAGGACUACCAGAGCGGAAGUCGUUCCGGUGGCGGCGGCGCUUUACGUGGGAACAAACCACCGGCUGCUGCCGCAGCCGGCACUGAUGAGGACUCGGAGGCCUGGCGACAGAAGCGGAAGAAGCAGUCGGAUGUUUCUGAAGCUGUCGAGCGGGCAAGACGGAGGAGGGAAGAGGAGGAGCGACGGAUGGAGGAACAACGCCUCGCCGCUUGCGCUGAAAAACUCAAGCGUCUCAAUGAGAAACACCGGCAGGCCGACGAGGUCAAACCCGCCCCGACCACUACUGAUGAAACGGGAGCCGCAGGGAAGGAGGCCGUCUCCGUCCCUGCUCCUGCUGCCAGCCCUGCCCCCCCAGCCCCAGUGUCGCAGCCCCCUACCAUCCAAGCCGCUCUGCCUGAGCGGGCCGACAGGAUAGAGCGAGAGAGAGAAGAACCGAGCGCAGAUGAGGCUCAGCUGCCUCGCCAGCCCAGCCCCCCCGCUCAGAGAGCCGUAGCUGCAGCCCUAGAGCCACAGACUGAGAGAGAAACCAACUUACCUGAGGUCGGUCCACUGACAGAGGACAGCCAGACUGAUGGGACAUCCUCGGCCCCUGUUCGUGACUAUUUCAACAUGGAGGAGAACAGAGUGGAUGAUUCUCAUCUGCCUCUACCACACAUGGAAACUCCUGGUGGGGAUAAAGUUCCCAUUGCCUCCCCACAACUGGAAGGAGAGGCUGCAGCUGCCAUGCGCCCCUCUCUUAUCUCAGGCUAUUCCAAACAGUUUCAGAAGUCUUUGCCACCCCGUUUCCUCAGACAACAGGAGCAGAUGAAGCAGCAACAGUGGCAGCAGCAGCAGCAAACCGGGGGUUCUGUUUCCCCGUCAGGUGGCAGCAGUGUUCCAGCUGCCCAACAGCAACAGCACCGCUCCAUGUAUCAACCCAUUGGCCCUCACCACCAACACCUGGCCUCCAUGGGGUUCGACCCCCGCUGGCUGAUGAUGCAGUCCUAUAUGGACCCCCGCAUGAUGUCAGGCCGGCCCCCCAUGGACAUGCCUGCAAACAUUCACCCAGGGAGAAUGCCUCCAAAGCAGAUUGUGCGCCGAGAGCCGGGGGACAACUCCAGCUCCAGCUCUGAUUCAUUUGAUCACUUGACCCGACCAAUGCGUGAGCAUAGCGUUCCCUCAGACUCGCGAAUGGUUUGGGGAUCAGAGCCAUACCCACAACAAGAGCCAUUGCCUUCUGUAACUCCCCCAAAGGGACGGGAUGAUAACAAGGAACAGAGGAUGGACUCUGGCUUGGAGCUGGACCGGGGUCUCCCUGCCAUCUACGCUCAGGACCACACUGCGUUGGACUCACGUAAAAGUAACUUCUUCCGGGAGCCCACUGACACAUUGACAGCGUUCACGCAGGGUUCAGAGGAUGUUUCGGGGUCUCUGGAUAGGGUUCCUGUAAGCUCAGCCUUUGAUCCUGAGGAGCCAGGCUUACCAAGUGGAGAGGAGGUAGAAGCUCUUGGGCAAGCCAUGCUCCAAAGAAGUGUCUCUCAGGGCUCCAGUCACUCCCUCAAGAUGGAUGAGGCGAGGUUCGAUGGACUACCUGUAGCAACAAAACAGCUAGAGCUGCAGGACACGGGGGAGCGGGCCGAUGACAAGCCCCAGAGUGAACUCUACUGCCAGGCUGCUGUAACCAAUAACAGGGCUACACCGCCCGCAGAUGGACUACAUAAACAAGAGAAGCUGCCCCUGCCUGCCCCCAGCAAGCAGAAAGUCGAUCUUCGUUGGGGUGGGAGAUCAGGGGCAGGCCGAAGGGAGGGACCAGGGGGAGAGAGACCGGUUCGCAGGUCAGGCCCAAUAAAGAAACCUGUACUUAGGGACAUGAAAGAAGAGAGGGAGCAAAGAGAGGAGCGAGAGAAACGCCACGAAAGAGGAGACCGGCCCAAAAAGGAUCAGUCCUCCAAAGCUCCCUCUGCAGCAGCGGCUGUGUCUGAGGGAGCCAGACCUCAGGCCGAGGGUAAGAGAGAACCUGCAGAGGCAGAGGAAACGCCAGCCACCCACCCGAGGGCUGGAGAUUCUCAGCCUCCCUCCGGGUUACCCAUCUCUUCUUCCCAGGAAGAGAAAGCGGACAAACCACCCAGCAAUGACAAGCAUCCAGAGCCAAAACUCCCCUUGCGUAAAGACUCCAAUCUCCCCCCGCGGGUUUACAGACGGGAGGAGAGGGAGAGGGAGCGGGAGCGGGACAGGGACAGGGAGAAGGAAAUGGACAAGGAUAGGGACAGAGAGUGGCCUAUUGACUCCAAUUUCAAAGGACGCGGCCGGGGGGAGUAUUACUCCAGAGGGAGAAGCUAUCGAGGAACUUACAGUGGGCGGGGCAGAGGCGCUCGCGGUCGCAGCCGUGCCGAGUACCCAUACCGAGAGCCCAGGCUGCGCUCCGAUCUGCCGUCUGUUGGGGGCGCAUCGGCUUAUCGCAACAGGGAGGAAAGUGAGACGCGCAGCGAGAGCUCUGACUUUGAAGUCAUACCAAAACGCAGACGGCGCCGUGGCUCAGACACUGACUCUGAGAGUGAAGGUGGGAGGGAGUCUGCUAGUGAUACUGGCCCUUCCGACCGCGAGCCCAGCACCAAACCCAGCCGCCCUCUGAGGAAAGAGCUCCCCGGUGAGGGCCGCUCUGUGCCUCACAGGCCGGGCUUUGGACCGCCUCACAUCGGGGAAAAGGUUGGGCUGAGAGGGGAUGACGAAAGCCGGCCCAAGCCAGGGUUUCUCCCGAAAGGGGAGCCCUCUCGCCGAGGAAGAGGAGGGUUGUACAGCAGACGAGGGGGGACAAGGGACCGGGGAGGCCCUCGUUCAGGCCCUCUCAGAAGGCAACCUGGAAGAGACUCUUCCUCUCAGUGGCCCUCUAAGCCAAUGGAGACAUUUAGACCUGAGGAUGCAGAGGCCACGGCGCGAUACGACAAUCCUUCCAUGGACCGAAGAGCCCCUAAAUCCGAGGGCAAGAAGUUUGGAGAAGGGGCCCCUCAGAGCAGCAGAGAAAGGCCUCGUCGAUCAAGACCAGCACGGCCUCCGAGGCAAGACAAACCCCCUCGCUUUAGGCGUUUGAAAGAGCGUGAAGCCGCUGUGAUGGCUGGUGGAGAGACAGCCCCAUGUCCCUCCGUUUCUUUGCCCUCUGUGCCUGCUGCAGCUGUCCCCAGUUCAGCCUCUGUUCCACUCACCCACUCCCCCACCAUGUCCAGAGCCCCUGGAACUCCCCUAACUGUGCCUGCAGAAGUAGCAGCUGCUCUACCUGCCCCCGACCAGCCUGCUGGCUCAGAAGCAUCCCUACCCGAGACCAGCAGUCCCACCGUCACAGCAGUGGGUACCAAGUCGCCCGACCUGUCCAAUCAGAACUCUUCAGAUCAGGCCAAUGAGGAAUGGGAAACCGCCUCUGAGAGCAGUGAUUUCAAUGAAAGGAGAGAGCGAGAGGAGAGGAAAGGAGCACUGGAUGCUGCUAAUGAAGCAGCCACGGCCUCUGCCCCAGGACCUGCAACUCCACAGGGCACUUUAACGCCCAGUAAAAGCCCACCCGAGGGGGGGGUGACCCCAAAACGCGAAGGAUCUCAAGCAGCCAAGAGGAGCUUCUCCAGUCAGAGGCCCAUAGAGAGACAGAAUCGCAGAGGCAACAGUGGAGCAAAACCAGGCCGAAGCUACACAGGGGGCAAGGGAGAGAGGAGAGGAGGGGCUAAAGGCACCCGCAAAGGUCCCGCAGGUCAGCAAAACUCUGAGGGAGCAGCAACAGCAGCUGGUGGAUCCACCCAGAGGUCCACAAAGGACCAGUCUAAUCGCCGUAAAGAUGAAGCCAAGCAGGUCACCAAGAAGCCCAAAGAGAACGCCCUUUCUCAGUUUGAUCUCAACAACUAUGCCAGCGUUGUGAUUAUUGAUGACCACCCAGAGGUGACCACCCUGGAGGACCCACAGUCCAGCGCCAACGAUGACGGCUUCACAGAGGUGGUGUCCCGCAAGCAACAGAAACGGUUGCAGGACGAAGAGAAGCGGAAAAAGGAAGAGCAGACGACUCAGAAUUGGAGUAAAAAGAACUCUGGCGAAAAGAGCAGAGGGAGCGGAGGAAAGCUGCCACCGAGAUUUGCCAAAAAACAGCCAUCACAGCAACAACAACAACAGCAACAACAACAACAACAACAGCAGCAACAACAACAACAACAACAGCAGCAACAGCAACAACAACAACAGCUGCCGCCACAGUCCCAGCCUCCCGGAGGCUCAGCCCCCGCUGCGCCGCAGCAGCCCCCCAGCUCCGCCGCCCCGCAUUCUCACCUGGCUCCCUCCCAGCCGGCUGCGUCUCCUCAAACUCUGGAAGGGGGGGCGGCCCCGUUACCCUCCAUCCCCCCUGCUGCUGUGGACUUCACUGCAAAGAGUCUGCCCCCUGCUGCCCCUCAGACACACAGCACUCUGGGUACAGAGCUGUGGGAGAACAAAGUAGCAGGAUCCACUGUUCUCCCCGAUGUCAAGAAGCUUGGUCCCAUCAGCCCUCCCCAGCCACCUUCUGUGAGUGCUUGGAACAAACCUCUAACUUCCUUUACUGGUACAGUCUCCUCUGAGGGUGUUAAGUCUGGAGCUGAAGGCUCUGUAGAAUUGGGAAUAGACACUAUUCAGUUUGGAGCACCGUCAUCUGCAGGCAGCACUGACAGCGAUGGAGGGCCCACAUUACUCGAAUCUGGCUCUGAAAACAAGCUACCCGCACCCAAAGAACAGAGACAAAAACAACCUCGAGCUGGCCCAAUCAAAACACAGAAGCUCCCUGAAAUGGAACCAGUGGAGACCAAGGAGUACAAACCCGGUCCCAUUGGUAAAGAGCGCUCUCUGAAAAACCGCAAGGCCAAAGAUGCUCGUGGUGCAGAGGGUGAGGGGAUGGAGGCAGGAGUGCCUGGAGGUGGAGCAAACAGAGCCACCGACUCCAGUCCUCCUACCACCGACACCACAGUACCUGAACUAGGAGGAGACAUAGAGGGCAUGAUCACAGUGCCCUCAGCAGAUUAUAAUAGCAAUUCUAAGGAGUCUGUGACUGACUACACGACCCCCUCGUCCUCUCUGGCCGACAGUGUUCCCACAGGAGGGAACAAAAUGGAAGAGAGUUUAGUGGCCAAUGUGGCGCUACCACACUCGCUGCCGCUUCCACGCAGAGAGACCCUACAGCAGAGCUCCAGCCUCAGCACAGUCUCGCCUGCUACCGUUGACCUAACACUAAAGAUGGAAUCGGCCCGCAAAGCUUGGGAGAACUCGCCGAGUCUGGAGAAGAAUUCCCCGGUCACUUCCUCCUCAUCCCCCAUCACCUCCUGUGCUUCUUCAUACUCCUCCUUCUCCUCUGCCUCCAUGCCUCAGAUCCCUGUGGCUUCUGUGACCCCAAGCACCUCGCUGUCGGGAUCUGGUACCUAUACAACAUCGUCCCUCAGCACUAAGACCACCUCAGCCUCUGAUCCCCCUAAUAUCUGUAAGGUGAAGCCUCAGCAGUUGCAAGGUGGGAGCCUGUCGUCCUCCUCCGCCAGCAGCAGCAGUAGCUUCUCCCAGCUCGGCUGUGUGCCCCCCCUCCUGCCCCAGCAGCAGCAAACCCCACAGGUGUACGUCUCCCAGUCUGCAGCAGGUUCUGCAGCUCAGAUUCCAGCGUUCUACAUGGACACCAGCCACCUCUUCAGCGCGCCCCACCCUCGCCUGGCUCCUCCCUCCCUGGGACAGCCGCAGGGCUUCCAGCCCGGCCUGUCGCAGCCUACGGCGGUGCAGCAGAUUCCCAUACCCAUCUACGCUCCGCUGCAGGGGCAGCCGCAGCACCAGCACCAGCACACGCACCAGCACACGCACCAGGCGCAGCUGGGCCUCGGCACCGGUCCUCCGGUGUCACAGCCACAGGACCUGUUCAGCUCCUCGCUCCAGCCGUACAGGUCUCAGCAGGCCUUCAUGCAAAGCAGCUUGUCGCAGCCGUCCAUGAUGCUGUCGGGACCGUCGCUGCACAGCUAUCCUGGCGUGCAGGCCCCCGAGCUGGGGAAGCCCCAGUCCAGUCUGGCUUAUCAGCAGCCCUCCUCCACCCAGCACAUUCCCAUCCUGUUUGAGCCGCAGCUCAACCAGCCCUCUGGGAUGGGAGGCUCUCAGCUCAUUGAUACUCACAUGCUGCAGGCUCGACAGGGGAUGAAUCAGCAUUCUAACAUGUACUCUGGGCAGGUACAGCAGCACGGUCAGAGUAGCUACUACAGCAACACUCAGUCCCCCAGCUCUGCCAUGCAGCAGGUGACCGUCCCUCUGCCUGGUUCCCAGCUGUCCCUGCCGAACUUCGGCUCUGGCGGAGGCCAACCGCUCCUGGCUCUGCCUCCCACUCCUCCUCAAGCCCAGCCCCCCAACAUCAACCGGCAGCCCCCGGUCUCUCAGCCGUACCGGGGCAUGAUGGGCCACAAUCACAACAUGAUGCAGCCUCCCACUAGCAAGAUGGACAUGGACCUGAAGCUCUUUGGUAGUGGGAUGGAUGUCAAGCCCGGGACCCCUCCUGUCGGUGCCAGGAGCACUACACCCACCUCCAGCCCCUACAGGGCCAGCUCCACCUCUCCGAGCAGCCAGUCCAGUAAGAUGAACAGCAUGCUCUACCAGAAGCAGUUUCAGCCCAGCUCUGCCGGCAUGAGAAUGACCCCGCAUUUCCCCGGCCAGUUCAAUCCACAGAUUCUCUCCCAGCCCAGCAUCGUCUCCCCCCUGGUUCGCCCCCCUCACGCCAAUUCCUUUGCCGGAGGUGUUCAGCGUUCUCCCAUGGGCCCUCCCAUCUCGGCUAAUGUGGGGGGCGGCCUCAUGCCCCACCCCCGUCCCCAGCACCCACAGCACAGUCAGCACCCCAGCCGGGGACCCGCUGGUCCCUCUCUGGUGCCCAGAGGUACGCAGGCGUCUCUGAAGGCCGAGCAGGACCUCAAGGCUAAGCAGCGUGCCGAAGUGCUCCAGUCUACUCAUAAGUUCUUCUCGGAGCAGCAGCAACAGCAGCAGCAGCAGCAACUAAAAGCCCCUCAAGUCAGCAAAGCCUCUAGACUGGAUCAGGGAGGGAAGCCUCCCCUCGACUCCCCCGCCUCCAACCACCAGGCGGGCGGCGAGCGGCCAGACACUGACAAAGCCCCAGUGUCCGCGGCCAAGCCCAUUCGGACUGGCCCCAUAAAGCCACAGGCCAUCAAGCAGGAAGAGGGCAAGUAAAGAGCCCACGACCCCGAUCGGAUGGCACAGAGAAUGAAGGGAUGGAUGAAGGAGGAGAAGCGAAUCCACCCCCAUUCACUCAGCCGCAGCCUCAUAUCAUCCCUGCUGGACAGCGAGAGGGAGGAUGAGUUGGGUAGAGCUUCCGAUGGUGGUGGUUCCAGGCCGUAGGCUCUGUCGUGAACAAGCGUAAUCCUCUUCUCACCUUCCUCCCCUCGUCUUGUCCCACAAGGGUCCCACUGGGGGUUUUCCAGUUGGAUUCUUCCAUUACAUUUAGACGCAGCCACUGAGUCCGUUCCAUCUAAAUCUAUGCCGAUGGUACAUUUGAGGACAGUUGAAGAAGAAAAAAAAAUUGAAAUUUGCUGCUGAGUUUGCCAUUUUUAUAGCUCAUUUUGUCCCUUCUCUCCCCCCCCCCCCCCUUCCCUUCCCCCCUUCCGAUAGCAUCCCACAAUAUAGGACAAACCUGUUUUUGUUAACAAAAGAACGAGACGUUUUUUUGUUGUUCGUUUUCCUUUUUUUUUCCCUUCCCUUGAUGUAAUUUAGACAAGCACACUUUCUGUUGCCCAGUCUCCCGUCAGAGGUAAUCAGGAGGUUUGUGCGCCGCUCGAUGGCUUGAUCUGCGUCAGGAAAUCAGAAACUCUCAUCACUCUGUUUUUGCUCGACCGCGAUGGAAAUGUGAAACCUGCAGCAUUCGAUUAACUAAAGAUCUCUUGAUUUCUGUCUGCCUGCAAGCCUCCGCUCCUGCCUUCUGCUCUCGUCUCCUUGCCUGAGAAUUGCCGGCGUGUUGGGGUGCGAGUGUGUCAGGCGUGUGCUUGUGAUUUCUAAUGGGUGGG